AUGCAGGUAAUAGAGCCCUCUCGCUGUGCAUCCGUUAACGAAGAGGAGAAGAACGAGCUUAACAAUACAUUUAUUUCUUUUGAUGAAUGGAGAGUCGCUAAACUGAGCGAAGAGAUACCUGAUAAGCGGAUACGAUCUAAAGAAAGUAUAGAAACGACUGAAGGAGAAACUAUAGGAGAAGAUCUAGAGGUGGAGAUUGGAUUUUUCGCAAGCAUGGAGGAUUCAAACGUUUCAGAUCACGAAGAAAUGGAUGGAGAGGCCCAUAAACACAGAUUCAAUUUUGCCUCACUAGACUGUGCUGCAACGAUUGUCAAGACAAAUCCAGAGGCAUCGGGUGCAUCGUCUAUUUUGAAUGAAAAUAAGGACAAGUAUUUACUAAACCCUUGUUCUGUGCCUAAUAAGUUCGUCAUCACCGAGUUGUGUCAGGAUAUACUAGUAGAAGAGGUUGCCAUUGCAAAUUAUGAAUUUUUCUCAUCUACGUUUAACAAGCUAAGAUUCUCUGUAUCAGAUCGAUAUCCGGUAGCCAAAAAUGGUUGGACAGUUCUUGGAGAAUUCAAUGCGGAAAACUCUCGGGAUCUGCAGGUGUUUUCCAUACAGAACCCUCAGAUUUGGGCGAGAUAUCUUCGAAUUGAGAUUUUAUCGCAUCACGGCAAUGAGUACUAUUGUCCGAUAUCACUUUUGAGAGUCCAUGGGAAGACAAUGAUGGAUGAGUUCAAGAUGGAUCAUUCCAAAGUGACAGUGGCGAAGACUGAGAGUCAAGAUAUUCCUCAAGAGGAAAUACCACGAGAUGUUACAAGCGAGGGAGUAGAAGAUACAGACCAAUGUGAUAUGUGGCCCUCAAUUGAUGAAGGAAAUAUUACAUCGCCUCCAAGAAAUGACUUUAUGCAGAGAUGCAAAUGCAGAUUAAAGCCGCUCAAGUUUGAAGAGUUCUUAAGAGACUUGAAUGAGACAUUCUGUCCUGCCCCAUCACACCAAAACAUACCAACUUCAUCUGUUUCCGCUGUCUCAACGGAGGAAUCAAUUUUCAAAAACAUAAUGAAGAGACUAACCAGUCUGGAAGCUAACACAAGCUUGAGUGUUCUAUAUAUGGAAGAGCAGAGCAAGUUACUAUCGAAUUCUUUUGAUAAUCUAGAGAGGGCACAGGCAAAUAAAUUUGACAACUUAGUUUCUAUGUUCAAUGAUACCUUGAUGGAUAAUUUGAAUGUUUUGAGAGUUUUUGCCAACCAGCUAAAGGAUCAAUCGAUAAGAAUAAUUGAGGAACAAAAAUUGCACAACGAUCAGUUUACGACGCAGUAUGUUCUAAGAACCGAACAAUUGGAGAAAGAGCUUAAAGUACAAAGAAACCUUGUUUACACGAUUAUCUUUGUGUCGCUGUUAAUCUUAUUUUACCAACUUCACAGUCGAGAACCAGAGCUUGAUGAGUUCAUCAAAAAAGAACAAACUUUUACAAGCUUUGAAUCCAUGGAAGAUUCCGAUCCAAGUACAUGUGCGAGCUUCCCUGUGUCGCCAAUAUCGAUAUCUGGCUCAUCGGUAGCUUCCGAUUGA